UUAGCGCGCGCUCUGCGACAGAGCUUGGAUACAAGUGCAUAUGCUCGGGGGCUGAUUUCAGCCUCAUUGAGUUUAGCCAUGCUCCUUCGACAUGGUCCCAAGUAAAAAUACUGUUCGUCGCUUAGGCCGAGCACUGGUCGCCUUGUAUCCUCUCUGCACGUUUACUAUGUUCGUCCGCAGAAAGCCGUGCUGCACAGCCUUGCCCUUGCGGCCUUGCCCUUGCCCUUGGUCUUGGCCUCUGACCUCUGAGAUCAGAAUGUAUCGGAUGUCCAAUCAGCCGCAACCUCGUGGCCGCCCUGCAUGGCCGCAGUCGAUGAAACUGCACGAUGAAGCUUCUGAUUUUUUGCUUUCUCAUCACCUCAUCUGUACCUGAUUGAAUAUUGAAUGCGUCACUGUCUCCUGACUGUCUCACGCUCGGAAAAGCCCUGGAUUUGAAUGUAUUCUCAUGUCAGCUCAUCCAUCAUCCGCCUUAUUGGUCAUUGGUC